CCCGUUUGCAGGUUUCCCUGCACAUUUUCCCCGCUUGGCAUCGACGGGACUGCUCGUUAGUCGGCUAUUUAAAAAGAAAACCCUGAAAACAUAUGGAAAUAGCGAGAAAACAGGGGGACAUCUCUCAGCGACGGCGACACGUGCUCCUCUCCUCUCCCCCUCCUCAUAUGAGUUUUUGAAAAGGGAGGGCAGGGCAGCUUGUGCAUCUCAUCGUCUUCCUCAUCUGGCGUCGGAGGGGCACAGCCGUGUGUGAGCCAUGACUCUGAGCUCAGAGAUGUCGGAUGCCUCCAUCCUUUCGGAAGAGACCGACAUAGACGUGGUCGGCGAAGGGGAGGAUGGAGACAACCAGACGCGCUCCUACGUGGACGAGGUGGCACAGAUGCACGACGGCAUCCUCCUGGCUGGCUCUCCUCCUCCGUGCCUGGACAGCUCCACCUCCUCAAGGGAUACCUACAAGCCGGCGGGCAAGAACACCCUGGUGAAGCCCCCUUACUCCUACAUCGCCUUAAUCACCAUGGCCAUCCUGCAGAGUCCCAAAAAGAGGCUGACUCUCAGCGAGAUCUGCGACUUCAUCAGCAACCGCUUCCCGUACUACAGGGAGAAGUUCCCGGCCUGGCAGAACUCCAUCAGACACAACUUGUCCCUAAAUGACUGCUUCGUGAAGAUACCGAGGGAGCCCGGGAACCCUGGGAAGGGCAACUACUGGACCUUGGACCCGGAGUCGGCUGAUAUGUUUGACAACGGGAGCUUUCUGAGGCGGAGGAAGCGCUUCAAGCGGCAGCAGGCGCAGGACCUGCUGCGGGAACACAACAAUUUUAUCCCCGCCGCUGCUGCGUAUGGGUACGGACCGUACGGCUGCGGAGGAUACGGCAUCCAGCUCCAGUCCUACCACACACACUCUGCACUUUUUGCGUUCCAACAGCAGCAGCAGCAGCAACAACAGCAGCACUCCAGGCAUUCACACGCACACACAGGAACCAUUAUCCCUGCACCGUCUUUGAUGCCCACCACCACGGACUUAGCCAGGAGUAGGUUUUACCCUCAGCUCAGCUCCAGUCUGGGAUCAGCCAGCGUGCAGGCUGCAGCCCCGGUGCAAAAGUCCAGCUCUCCGGUGCAGCGGUCUCCCUUCUCCAUAGAGAGUAUCAUCGGGGGGUCCCUGAGCCCCUCCAGGACUUCUCCGGCAGUUAUCCCGGUCUUACCGUCCUCUCUGGGGCCCUCAGCGGCCGGUCAGCCGCAGACCGUCCAUCCCGGAGCUGUUUUACACCCGGUAUAAAACUUUCCAAACAGAGCUGUCAGCGGCAUAGCGACUGUUAAAUGUCUUAACAACAAACUUUUCAAGAAACUAAAAAAAGAAAGCAACAAAAACAAAAAAACGCCCCUCUUUGAAGGUAGGAUUAUUUUUGUAUGUUUGUUUGAUAGCACGCAGCUGAAUGAUGGACAUAAAGAAACACUAUUUGUGCCUAUAUUCAUGCUGUUUAAAAAGAUAUAUUUAUGUUCAUUUUUCUCGGUGUGAAUCAGACUGUUGAC